GUAUGUAUAUACAUAGCUAUCAUUGGAUGCUAUGUAAACAAAUUUGUUUAGGUGGUAACGGCGAGGACAACGUGCACGAAAUGAAAAUUAUGCGGUAAAGAGACGUCAAUUGGAGGUAAUUUUGCUAUUCUGGAAAUGCAAAUUAUAAAUGUGACAGAGUGACAACAUUGACAAAUAUUAUUGUCAAGAUGAAAGUAACGACAUUGAAAGGCAUUUUUCCUGACCCAAAACCAGUUAGAAGGAAGAAUUUCAUUCAGGAAAAUAUGAAAAGUCUGCGACGAAUGGAACAAUGCUUUCAAACUAACAAAGAAAUAGAAGAGCUACAAAAAUUGCAAUUGCACCAACAUCACAAGAUUACAGACAAAUACCAGAAUGUAUCCGCAAGGGUAGUCACCAGUUUCCGAGAGAAAAAAAAACAAUAUGAAAAUCAUCAUGCUGAUCUAGUGUCAAAAAAUAAUGUUCAUUCAAAAACUAAUCAUUCAGCGUCAACUGAUAAAGUGAAGGAUAAUGUACAAAUUGAAAAUAGAAACAAUGCACUUGAACUGGAUAAAAAGCAAGCUGUCCCUAAAAAGACUAUUAGACAGGGAAUAAAUAAUAAUAUAUCAGAUAGACAGAAAAAAACUAGCAAACAUAAUAAGAGUCAGCAGAAACCACUGUCAAAGAUUUCAUCCGAACCAGAUGUUCGAACCAAAGCUGAUAAUGACAUGAAUUCACAGAGUACUGUAAAAUAUAGAAGUCAAGGGAUUCAGACUUUAGAUACAGAUCAAGUGGAAAGUAUAUAUUCUGAAGGCGUUAUUCGGUAUCCCUCAAAGAAAGUUACAAAGCACGAUGAAACAGCAAAUAAUGGUGAUUUAAAUCAGCAAAAGGAGAGAUCUGUAAGGAAUCAAUUCGAUUCACCUACAGAUAGAGGCGAUAUGUGUAAUGUCGAAGACGCGCAAAAUGUCGAUUUACGAAAUUCCGUAUCGCCGGUACCUAGAGAAGAAAUCGAUUUUAUUAAAUUGAAUAAAGAACGUACUUCGAUUGCUACUAAAUUGGCGAUACAGCUUAACAACGGUGUACCACCAUCGAAUUAUCGCAUGGGUGUUGUUCCUAAAUAUCUUCGAGAAAGAAAGGAAGCGCAAGAAAAGGAGCAAAAAGCCAAGGUGGAAGCAAUGCAUUCUGACUGUCCAGAAGGUCAUGUGCCCAUACCUGACCAUGAACGUAAAGAGACGUUACGGCUAUUAAAGAAAAAUUAUCAAGAUUACGUCAAUGAAUUAAAUAUGAUGCCGAUAAAAACAGAUACUUUAAGAGCACAGAGACGCAAGAUUGAAAUAGAGAAGCAAUUGAAUAAACUGGAAGAGGGGAUCAAAGUGUUCUCGCGUCCCAAAGUUUACGUGAAAAUAAAUGCAUAAGUUGGAAUGAUUCAGUCAAAAUACAAUGCAUAUUUUUAGAUAUUGAUUGUCCAACUAUGUUUCAAUGCACCAUCUACUGAUUUAAGGGUCCAAUGUAGUGAAUGUAAUUGUAUAUCUUGUUAUAAAAUGGCUAGAAUCAUGAUUGUACAUAUUUUUCAUGAGUAUGAAAAAUUGAUUAGCAGUUUGAAUAUGCUAUACAAUGGAGAAGAUUCACUAAACUAUUUUCUUACUAUGCAUGUACUCUGAGUUUGAGAAUUCUGUAGAUAGAAGCAUCUCCUAUUAUUAUAAAAAUAAUAAAUAUUUUAUUUAAUAAAUUAA